AUGACCCCUAAGCUUGUCCAUUCAUACCCAUACCCAUCAUCAUCAUCAUCUUCUUCUUCUUCUUCUGGUUCUUGUUCUUCACUUAAUUAGCUAACAAUGGCGGCUGACCCAAAAACCCAAAUGGCGCUGCCCGAUUUUGAUGCCCCAAAGAAGAGAACUAGGAACAAAUUCGCUUUAGCCUGUGCUUUUUUGGCUUCCAUGAGCUCUGUUCUUCUCGGUUACGAUAUCGGUGUAAUGAGCGGCGCCGCCAUUUUUAUCAAAGACGAUUUCCAGCUCUCCGACAUCAAAAUUGAAAUCCUCGUCGGAAUCCUUAAUCUGUAUUCACUAAUUGGCUCUGCCGCCGCCGGUCGUACCUCCGAUUGGAUUGGCCGUCGCUACACUAUGGUUGUUGCCGCUGUUAUCUUCUUCGCCGGCGCCCUUCUUAUGGGUUUUGCCACUAAUUACUCCUUCCUCAUGUUUGGCCGCUUUGUCGCCGGUGUCGGCGUCGGCUACGCUCUCAUGAUUGCCCCUGUUUACACCGCCGAGGUCUCGCCGGCGUCUUCCCGUGGGUUUCUUACUUCGUUCCCGGAGGUUUUCAUCAAUGCCGGAAUCUUGCUUGGUUAUGUGUCGAAUUACGGCUUCUCAAAAAUCUCAAAUCCGACAAAAAUGGGGUGGCGAUACAUGCUCGGAAUCGGCGCUGUCCCCUCUGUUUUCCUCGCCGUCGUUGUUUUAUUCAUGCCGGAAUCUCCCCGGUGGUUGGUUCUCCAAGGCCGUCUCGGCGAUGCGAAGAAAGUCCUCGACAAAACCUCCGAUUCCAAAGAGGAAGCUCUGAUGCGUCUCGCCGACAUUAAACAGGCCGCCGGAAUCCCACUCGAGUGCAACGACGACGUCGUUGUCAUCACCAAAAAAGCAACCCACGGCGAAGGCGUUUGGCGGGAACUUCUCCUCCACCCGACUCCCGCCGUCCGCCACAUCUUAAUCUGCGGAAUCGGAAUCCAUUUCUUCCAACAAGCCUCCGGCAUAGACGCCGUCGUUUUAUACAGUCCGCGAAUCUUCGAGAAAGCCGGGAUUACGUCCUCCAACGAGAAGCUUCUGGCCACCGUCGCCGUCGGGGUCGUGAAAACUCUGUUCAUCUUAGUGGCUACUUUUCUGCUGGACAGAAUCGGACGGCGGCCGUUGCUGCUGACAAGCGUGGCGGGGAUGAUUCUGUCACUGACGACGCUCGGAAUGGCUCUGACGGUUAUCGAUCACACGGAUCGGAAGGUGAUGUGGGCGGUGGUUCUGUGCAUAUCAAUGGUGUUGAUGUUCGUUGCGUCGUUCUCGAUUGGGAUGGGGCCCAUCACGUGGGUUUAUAGCUCUGAGAUUUUUCCGUUGAAGCUACGCGCUCAAGGGACGAGUAUGGGAGUGGCGGUGAAUCGGGUCACGAGUGGGAUCCUUUCAAUGACGUUUUUGUCCUUGUAUAAGGCGAUUACAAUCGGCGGCGCUUUCUUCUUAUUCGCCGCCGUGGCUUCCGUCGCUUGGAUUUUCUUUUAUACCACUUUGCCGGAGACGCAGGGGAAGACUCUGGAGGAGAUGGAGGGGCUUUUUGGUAAUUUCAGACGGAACUCGGCUGCGGCUGGAAAGAAGGAAACCGGCGGUGGUGGUGAUGGUGGGGUUCAGUUGGCGGCGGCGGCCAACGGUCGGUCUUCUUAAGUUAAGGGGUAGUUUGGUAAAUAUAUGCUUAUAUUUCUUUUUUUUCUUUUUUUUUUUUGAUAGGGGAAAAAUUAUGGUGUGCCUUUUGUGUGAGAGUAAACUCUCCCCUUACCUACUUAAAAAAAAAAAAAAAAAAAAAA